AUGCGUCCCUCCCUCGUUGCGUUGUUGGGGAGCUUUGCUGUGGUGAAUGCUAUGGCUCUGCCCUCUGAGGCGCUCACUCCCAGAAGUUUCGUUCCUGGGAAAACUUUCGACAGAUUUGUUCAGAUUUGGCUUGAGAAUCAAGACUUCUUGUUGGCUAUUCUCAACUCGGACCUGAUCCACCUUGCCACUAAAGGGCGACUCUUGACCAACUACAAGGCGAUUACCCAUCCAUCCCAGCCCAACUAUGUUGCUGCCAUCGGAGGAAGCACCAAUGGUGUGAACUCCAACGACGAGUACAACCUUGACCCUAGUGUCAAAACGGUGAUCGAUCUCCUUGAGGCCGGCGGGAUCAGCUGGGCCACGUACCAGGAAGAUCUGCCUUACUCGGGAUUCACUGGAUCGAGCCACGAACAAUAUCGCCGCAAACAUAACCCUGUUAUGUGCUACCAAUCAAUCACGGGUAAUCCUAGCCGCCUCGAAAAGUCUAAGAACUUUACUUCGUUCUUCGAUGAUCUCAAUAACGAUGUGCUCCCUCAGUGGAUAUUUAUUACCCCUGAUAUGAACAACGAUGGCCACGAUACUGGCCUUGCCUACGGUGCUAAAUGGGCUCGCAACUGGAUCACCCCUCUGCUCGACAAUCCCAAAUUCAAUACCGACCGCACUCUCAUCAUCCUGACCUACGAUGAAGGUGUCCUAGGUAACACGGUUUAUGCCGUUCUCCUCGGAGGUGCCCUGUCCUCGAAGAAGAUUCCCUCGGUUGACAACACGAAGUACAACCACUACAGUCUCAUCAAGACCGUCGAGGAGAACUGGGGCCUUGGCAACCUCGGUAAAGGCGACGUCAGUGCCACGGCCUUCUUCUAG